CUUGUUCCUUGCGUGACAGCCAUUUUCGGGAGGGGCACCCCUAUAGCAUAUACAAACACCCACCAACCAACCAACCCUUGGUGUUCUAUAUAUACAUGUGACGUGAGCGCUUGAACCAACUUCAAACGCAAUGACAGAGAUUUGGCUGCGACGAAUGAAAGCAGCCUCAGAGUGUGAACGAGAGAAACUUGAAUUUGCCGCUGAACUUGCGUACUAAUAAAAUCAAUGCGACCGGAUUGUGGCGAGUGCAGUGAAUGUGUCAGUCAGAACAAUUCCUUAAAAUUAGAGGUAUUCUCCUGUUUUUCCAAAGAACAAAGGAUUAGAAAAAAAAAUAAUGUGAAUAGCAUUACGAAAAUGCCAGGUCAAGAGGAUAUUGAUCUCUGCACGGACAAAGUCCUGUCGAAAAGCAGGAUACUACAGGAAUUAACAAAAGCAAUCAAACUUGUUUACGCUCAAAGUCUUCAUGGCUCAGUGGUAUUGGACGGAGAUUCUUGGUUAGUUUACUGGUUAGACCGAGCCUUAAGACAUGGUUUACGUAUUGAAAGGCAUGGAUAUUGGGGCACGGCACGAGAGCUUAGCCACCAAGACACGGUUGUUGUAAUCCACGCGUUACAAAAUGUACUAACAUCCAUUGGAAAAGGUCGUGCUUGGCUGUAUCAUACGUUGAGUGAAGGAAGUUUUGAAAGUUACCUAGCUUGUCUUCUACGAGAUACACAUACUUUAAAGAAACAGUAUUUUCCACACGCACUUGUCAGGAAUCCUGACAAAACCAAUCAGCUCAUUAAUUUAUUAGCUGGAUUAGAAAAUGUAUCUUUUACAUUGCAAUUGGAUGUUACUUAUUUGGAUAUUGUUAAUUAUAUGCCACAACGACCUAUGAGCGGGUCACCUUCUGGCACGGCUUUAACAUUGCACCUGAGAUCUUCGAGUUUUUCACCGAGUUUAGUUUCUCCCGGUGACAGUGGAGUUGCUCUCGAUAGCGAUAUGGAUCUUUCGAACGAAACUGAUGGCAGCAGUUGUCGGGAGGAUUCGUCGAUCGAAGAUAUUCCGAGAUAUCGCAACAGCAAGUACAAGACAAUUUUAAGCAAUUGUACGAAAGAUAUUAAAAACAUGGAUCGCUCUUUCUCGUCAAGUGAUUCUGGCGAAGAGGGAAAGACACCAGUUCAAUCGCCUGGAUUAAAGACAAAAUUUCAAAAGACCCUAGUCACAAAUAGUGACAUUGUCAAUCAGAAUCUUCCGCAGAAGCUCGACGAUAAUGAAAUGAAUUGCUCGAGUUUGGAUACAUUGAAAGAUUAUUCGUACUACAGUAAAAGUCUCGAGGAGUCAAAGUUCGACAAGGUCAACAAUGAUUUUGACAACGUAAGCAAUGGCAUUAACAGAUACAGCUACUAUGGCGAUAAUAAUGGUUACAGUUUUAAAAAGAAUAUCGAUCCCCGCAACUCGUAUGUCAUUAAUAAUGAUACAAAUUUAUUGGAACUCAGCAUGACAAUCUCGGACUGUGAUAGCACUGAAGCACCGUACAGUAUCCUGAAUACUAUCAAUAUGGUUGAUACCAGCAUUCUAUCGACAUCGACUUCAGAAACUGUCGUUCAACGUCGACAACGUAAAAAGAAACGGGGCGAGGGCAAAAAGCGUGUCAGCUUUCACGAGGAUAUUUUCAAAAUGAUGAAACUCGACGACGAUGAGAAUUAUGAAGAUUAUGGUUAUCGUUCGUCGUCGUACAAUAAACAAAAGGACGUGCAACCGGAGCGUUACAGUUGGUGCGCCAAUGAUUCACCAUACCCUAAGGAAACACUAAACACGCGAAAUGCAUAUUCAGAAUAUUAUUCCUCGAGUUCGUCGCUAAGCACCCACGACAGUGAGAACGAGAGACGAUUGACACCGAAACUCUGCAAUCAUCCCGUUUGUCAGAAGAAUUAUCGAUGCACCUGUCUCUCAAUAUCCGAACGCGGUGUCCCCGAGGGUCAAGAAGAUCCACAAAUGGAAAUUAACUCAAAAUUGUCCCGACCAAAAAUGGAAAUUGAUCUCAAAGAUAAUGAAGCCCAGGAAGCGUACAUCGUCGAGAAGGAAUACGGAAAUAUCGUCGAAGAUCCACCGGUUAAACUAGAAAUGCCACCUCAACCAAAAAAAUCAAGUGAUAUUUCCGACGCUGACAGUGUCACAACUUGUGAUUCUGAGGAAUCGAAAAAGAAUCGACAUUUGGCCUCACCGCAAAAGAAGCGCAAUAUGACGGCAAUAUUGUCAGGUGAAAAUAGUAAAUUACUAAUUCCGCCGCCUCUACGUCAAGCGCCAUCGAAAACUUCCCUCUUAAAUCGAUUUCUUCGCUCCAUCACCGAGAGAAAGUUUGAUGUUAAUAAAAGCAAGAAGGCAAAAUCAAAUCAACUUUACAUUAAGUGUGGAAAAAUCGAUCAGGAUUCAUUUAAGGAAUUUAAUCAAGCACUCGAGAAGGAGAUUCGGGAUAAUCAAGAUCCUGAGAAGCGACGAUUUAGCGGUGAAAAAAUUAGUUUGAAGCAAAAAGAGAUUUUUAAAGGCAGUAUUUACAGGGAUAAGACGGAACAAUUGUAUAAGGUUUAUAAAGUUCGUAGCUCGUACAUGACGAAUGGUGAGAGUAAACCAAUGCUCGCACUUUUGACCGAUAAGACACUAUAUUUAACCAGCUCAAAAUCGGAUCAUUCCUAUAGGAAUCAGUUUGUUAUUCCCUACAAUGAACUCGACGUCAUUAUGAUUGGACCAAAUGCACAAACAAUAUUGAUAUCGAAUGCGGACAAUGAAAUGCAAUACCUAUUUUCAACCGGAAGUGCAGAGACCACUUGGGAGUUAAUAGCUCACCUGGAAAUGGCUAUGAGGAGAUCACCAUCGAAACCGAGAUUACCGGCAGUCAGAGAAUUAAGUUACGAUGAUAUGCAUUCAUUGAGACAUUCAAUUUUAGCAGAAACAGCAGUAAAUCUCGAGGAAAAAAUUGAGCACUACAAUAUCAUAUACAUGGAGGACGAGCACAUAUCACCGCCGAGUACACCUUGCGGACCGACGAAAGAAGGCGAUUUAAUGUUUCGUCCUCACACUUAUCAAACGCAACAUCCAAAUGCACCGACAAAUGCCUGGGAGGCGGGAUAUUUUGUCCUGAAAGGCGGCGUCGUCUACAUGUUCACUGAUUCUAGUCAAAGACUUCCGAAACGUGCGAUUCCAUUGAAGGGCGGCCUCUGUCAGGGCUGCCGUCGAAUACCAAAUUCCCAUCGGCCGCACACCUUUGAAAUACUCCUCAAAUCGAAUAAAUCAUUUCAAUUUGCCGCACCCGACGAAUACGUUGCAUCCGAAUGGCUACAGAGUUUCGUGCAAAGCGCCUCGGGAUUAUUUGACUCUUGCGAAAAACGUGAACCAUUACCUUGCAGUUUGGUCGUGUCGUCGAGGCAUUUAAUUGCAAUCAAUGAAGUUUUCCCUGGAACGCAAAGAGGUCAAAUUCUCUCCUGUGCAUCGAUACAGGACUUGACUGCUCUUCGAAUGCCUUUGACUCACCAAUCGUGGUGUGUUUUGGAAUUUGCGUGUCGUGAAGUUCACGAAAGUAGCGGCGAUUGGGUAGUUUACUUCACUAACUACGCAGAAUUCUGUACUUUUAGAAAAAUCUUAGAAACCCUUUGGAACAACGUUCAUGAGGAGAAUUUUCCGGUGACAACAAUUCAGCCUGAAGAUAAACUUCAUCAGCGAUGUACGGGUGUCAGUAAAGAUUUAGAAAAUGCCUGGCAAUAUUUGUUACCUGUAGCACCUGAAUAGUGGUUAGUACAUGAAAAGCAUAAUCAGUCCUUUAUUCCCAUUGUCGACAGUUGCAAAGGUAUUCUCGCAAAAUCCAAAUCAUUUAUUGCAAUGAAAAAGCAAAUGUUAUCUUAUCAGCUUUUCAAGAUCCUCCAAUAAUGUUCUUCAAGUUCACAAAGUUCACGUGAAUAUUUCCAUUUGAUUCGAAUUUAUUCUUUUUUAUCGACAACUCAAUAAAAUGAAAUAAAGAAAGAAGGUUAAUUAAAAUUUUCAUCAAAUAGUCAGUUGAUAAAAAUAAAAUAGUUUUUGUCAACAUCAAUUGAUGAUUAAA